GAACCUUAUCAGUUGUAUAAAGCUGGUUGAAUGGUUUAAAAAACAGAAUGAUUUACUUUCUUCUAGUUCUCUAUCUAUCCUCCUCUACAGGAACCGGAGCUAUCAACAUUGUUCAGUAUUCCAAAGAUCUUAAGGGGGUACCCGGAGACGAUGAAUCUAUAUCCUGUUCUGCUCAAUAUAAUGGAGAUAUUCCGUCCUGCUCUUGGACUGCUCCUGACAGGACAGAGUUAAACGAGAAUACAGAAUCUGAUAAGUUUAAGAUAUCUGUUGCUACUGGAGAGGGAUCUAAAAAUGAUACUGUAACCUGCACUCUACUCAUCUACAGUCUUGACGACUCUAAUAUCGGAGGAUGGAAUUGUAGAUUUCAAGAUAAUUUGGGGUCGCAAGGAAAAUACAUUUUUGUGGAUUUAGAAUAUGGAGAAGAGAUUCUUGGGAUGAAAGAGAAAUACCAAGAACAAGAAGGAAGAAAUAUAACUUUAAUAUGCCCAAGCACUAUAAGACCUUAUGACUCUGGCUCCUGGCCUGUAUGCUCUUGGAUAACCCCAGCCGGUCAAAUUAUUCAUAUUAUUGGCAGGCGAAGUGAGAUUUAUGAACAUCCGGAGUACAUUCAAACAGGAAAUAUUUCAAGAGGAGAAUGUGGGAUUUUUAUCAAGAAAGUUGGUCAAGAGCAUCAGGGCAAAUGGACUUGCAGAAUGAUAUCUAAGUUAACUGGUAAGAUAUUAGAAGGCAGAACCCGCCUAGAUAUUCUUAAAUCUGCUCCUCUUCUAGAUAGUAUAAUACAGCUCAGGGCGGUAGAGUUAACGUUAAGUGAUGAGCUGAUACUAUCAGGAAGGGAUAGAAUAGAGUCAGUUUAUUGGAUUCUUAGAAGAGAAAUAGAACUCAAACCAGAGGAGGAAUUCUGCUCUAAAGGCGAGGUUGACUGUGUGGAAUCCUCAAAUCUUAUCUCCGAAGUGCUUUAUGAUGGUCGAGUACAAUACACCAUUAAUGUUACAUUCUCCAAUUUCAGUGAAGACGACCGUAUGUAUCCUGUAGUACUGGUUAUAGAGUAUAUCAAUUCUAGAAGAAUGAAGAAACGGAUACAAAGAUUUGUGAGCAAUGGUACACAGGAGUUCAGCUCAUCUAAUAUUGAGAGCUUGUCUGAUGAUAACAAUCCUGGAGAAUAUUCUGAAUCUUCAAUCCCAAUCCUGGAACCUGAACAAUCCAAUGAAGAACUAGAAACUCAGGUUGAUCUUGAAACACAGGAUGAUCUUGAAGAUCAAGAUCAGCAGAACAAUGCAAAAGAUCCGGAUUCAAUAGAGUUUGAGACAAGUGAACAUAAUUCAGGAAUAGGUGAUCAUGGAUUAACUAUCGUCAAGCUUCCAGAUGAUAAUGAAGAUAAUGAUGAAGAUUUUGAUGACGAUGAUAUUGGUGAUAAUGAUGAUGAUGAUGAUGAUUACUACGGUGAACCUGAGUAUGUAUUGGUUAUCGAUGAAAGAAUAAGAAAGCCUGGUGGAGGAGGAAAGAAUAGAAGAGGAAACAAAAACAAUGAACGCAAUCGUCAAAAAAGUUCAACAAGAUGUAACAGAAGAUCAAAAUCAUGCUCUGUUGAUAUGUUUGUAUUAGAAGAUGGAGAAAGCAGAUCAGUGCCAGAUUAUUGUACAGUCUUCAAAUGCAGGCGAGGAGUCCUUCAACUGCGUAGAAUCAAGAACUGUAGUUUCAAUACAAGAACAGAAUACAACGAUGUCAUUUUUCCGAGAAACCAAAAAUAAAAGUUAAUUUCCUGC